AUGAGGAACAAGCCAUACGCUUCUCUAGUUGGAAGCAUUGUGUAUGCACAAGUGUGUACAAGGCCAGACCUAGCCUUGUGCAUUAGCAAGAUAGGAAGAUUUCAGUCCAAUCCGAGAAUGCAACAUUGGAUAGCUGGAAAGAAGAUUAUGAGGUACCUACAGAGAACAAAGGCUUAUAUGUUGAUUUACAAAUGCACAGAGAAUUUAGAGCUUGUUGGUUAUGUUGAUGCGAAUCUUGGAAAAGCAGAGGAUGCUUACAUCUCUAAUUCAGCUUGCUAUGAAGCCACUUUUCAUGCAAUAUGGCUAAGGAAUUUUAUUAAAGACAUUAAGGUGGUGGACUCGAUUACUAGACCAAUAUAG